UGCUUGUCAGCUGUGCUGUUGAAGUUGAAAGAACUUUUAUUAUUUUAAUUUAUUGAGGCUGAGUGCCGGUCGACAGUUAAGUUUUACGCGACAGUUUUAUUUUAAUUUAGGUUUUCGACUAAUACAUUUGUCCGUCUUAUUUGAAACUUCGGAAACCACUAAUUAUUCUUAUUUUUAUAUUAGUAAUGCUUUAUUGAAAAGUGAUCUACAAUGAGGAUCACAAACGUGAGACGUGGACGGAUUAUCCGUAUGAGUGGCGUGUGUGUUAUUUUGUUAGUUUUAUUAUAUGCUUUACACAGUUUUUCUCGCGAAAGCAUCAACAAUGAUCCUAGCGAAAUUUUGGGAUCCAAUCCUGUAGCUGAACAUUACAAAUCCCAUAAAAAUAUAUACCCCGUGUUAAAAACAGAAUUGGGCAACUUUGAACCAAGAGACCAGAGAGUAGUGAAAGGCCCUGGUGAAGGAGGGGAGCCUUACCACAUGGCACAAGAUAGAGCUAAUGAUAUUGCAGAGUCUGAGAGUGAAUAUGGCAUGAAUAUAGCAGCCUCUGAUGACAUUGCUAUGAAUAGGUCAGUAACAGACACAAGAUUGGACGAGUGUAAGUAUUGGCACUACCCAAAGGAAUUACCCCCAACAUCUGUCAUCAUAGUGUUCCACAAUGAAGGGUUCUCUGUGCUCAUGAGAACAGUUCACUCUGUGAUUGAUAGAUCACCACCUCAAAUGUUACAUGAAAUUGUGUUGGUCGAUGACUACUCAGAUAAAGAUAAUUUAAAACAGAAUCUCGAAAAUUACAUCAAACGUUGGAAUGGUAAAGUUCGCUUGAUCAGAAACACACAAAGGGAGGGUCUAAUACGCACGAGGUCUAGAGGAGCCCAAGAAGCUACGGGGGAAGUUAUUGUGUUCCUUGAUGCUCAUUGUGAGGUGAAUAUCAACUGGUUGCCACCACUUCUUGCCCCGAUAUACAGAGACUACAGGAUCAUGACUGUACCUGUCAUAGAUGGCAUAGAUCACAGAACAUUCGAGUACAGACCAGUGUACCAACACGGAACUAAUUACCGAGGUAUUUUCGAAUGGGGGAUGCUGUAUAAAGAAAACGAAGUACCAGAUAGGGAGGCAAAUCUUCAUAAGCACAAAUCGGAACCGUACAAAAGUCCAACUCACGCUGGAGGACUUUUUGCAAUAAAUAGACGAUAUUUCCUCGAAAUAGGCGCAUACGAUCCUGGCCUGUUGGUAUGGGGAGGAGAAAACUUUGAGUUGAGCUUUAAGAUUUGGCAGUGUGGUGGUAGUAUUGAAUGGGUGCCCUGCUCUAGAGUCGGACACGUUUACAGAGCGUUUAUGCCCUAUUCCUUUGGCAAUUUGGCCAAGAAUCGAAAGGGAUCAUUAAUCACCAUAAACUACAAGAGAGUUAUAGAAACGUGGUUCGAUGAUGAACAUAAAGAGUACUUCUACACUCGGGAGCCAAUGGCGAGGUUCCUCGAUAUGGGUGAUAUAACUGAACAGGUCGCUUUAAAGGAGAAACUGAAUUGUAAAAGUUUUAGCUGGUUUAUGGAGAAUGUGGCUUAUGACGUUUAUGAUAAGUUCCCAAAGCUGCCGAAGAAUGUUCACUGGGGGAUGGUCCAAAAUAAGGCUACUGGGCUCUGUCUGGACACAAUGGGAAAGGCUGCUCCAGCGUAUAUUGGUACGUCGUCGUGUCACGGCGCCGGAAACAACCAGUUGUUCCGGCUGAACGAGGCUGGCCAGUUGGGAGUGGGGGAGCGCUGCGUCGAAGCUGACACCGAAAACGUGAAGCAGUCCAUAUGCAGGUUGGGGACUGUGGAUGGACCCUGGAGAUAUGAUGACGCACACAAGCACCUCAUCCAUCGGCUGCACAGCCACUGCCUGACGCUUCAGCCGCACACGCGCACUCUUGGCCUGGCGCCCUGCGACCCCAACAAUACCUACCAGCAAUGGACCAUCACACACAAGAAGCCCAACUGGUGAGGCGGACAUGACACCGCGUCCACAGAUUAUAAAUUAACAUCUGUCAACGGACAUGACACCACGUCCACAAAUUAUAAAUUCACAUCUGUCAACGGACAUGACACCACGUCCACAGAUUAUAAAUUAACAUCUGUCAACGGACAUGCCACCACGUCCACAAAUUAUAAAUUCACAUCUGUCAACGGACAUGACACCACGUCCACAGAUUAUAAAUUAACAUCUGUCAAUGGACAUGACACCACAUGCACAGAUUAUAAAUUGACAUCUGUCUACGGAAUGUUCUCUGAUCAAUGGUUCAGCAAGGCAUUCAUUUUCGGCCUAAGAAGUAAAAGCUUUAUAAAUACUUUUUUUGUAAUGAUAACUAAAUUAGAUUCAAAUACACUGACAAUAUAUGCAUAAUAAUGUA